CGUGUCCGAUCCGAUCGGAUUUUGAAAGAAAGUGGUAGAGUGAAAGUAAACGUCAAAGCUGAUUAUUGAAAAAUAUAGCUCUCGGGAAAAAAUUGGAAUAUUCUGGUUACGCAGAACUGGUGAAACGUGUAAAUCCAAUUAAGGAUCCAUUCGAGCCCAGGAUAGCAUUGCUAGUGCGUAAAAUCGCAGUGAUAUUCACAAUGUGGCACACUUUCAGCAGAAAAUAUUUCUCCUUGCUUACGGUCCUCUGUGUGGGCUUCGUCCUACUGAGCUUGGCACCGGCCAGCGGAAGUGCCGAAAAGGAGAUACCAAUCACCAAGUUUAGCCAGAAUGUCGGAGGCUACGGUGCGACGAUGACUUUCAUGUACUGCUACUCUUGUGGCUAUCGGAAAGCUUUCGACGAGUACUAUAACAUCAUCCACGAGAAAUAUCCAGAAAUUACGAUCCGUGGGGGUAACUAUGACCCACCCGGUUUCAACAUGUACCUCUCGAAGAUCCUGCUCGUCACGAAGCUGCUGAUGAUUAUUGCUCUUGUCUCCAACUUCGAUCUGUUUGGAUUUCUGCGCCAACCGAUGCCGUCCUGGUGGCGCUGGUGCACGGAUAACAAGAUAUACGCAUGUAUGUUGGUGUUCUUCCUCGGAAACAUGCUGGAAGCGCAGCUUAUAUCAUCCGGAGCAUUCGAAAUAGCUCUGAACGACGUGCCAGUUUGGUCGAAGUUAGAGACAGGCCGCAUUCCUGCUCCUCAGGAGCUGUUCCAAAUCAUCGAUAGUCAUCUGCAGUUCUCCGACAAGAUCGAGCAGAAUCCUGAUUUUGUGAAAUAGGUUCGUUUCCUUUUGUUUUAGUCACUCAUUGUAAAAUUAGUUCGAACUUUAAGUUGAAUGACUUUCCAUUAUUUUCACUGUACUAGUCCGUAAAUAUUCAACAAAAACCAUAAGCAAUCUUGCAAUAUUCUUAUUUUGGUGUUUCUUAGUGACUGAUAAUUAAAUUGUUUUGUGGUGUUUAAACCUCAACUCGGAGGCUUAAUGUGUAUUGUUUUAUAAUUGGGAACCAACUAUUUCACAAAAUAGACAAACAUUUUUAAAAAUUACCAAAUAAAAACAUAAAAGGUGAAACACAUAAAUUGAAUGUAAUUUGAAACGUUUAGGUCGUUAUGUCAUUAGGCUACCUCCUGGUUCAGGAAGAUUGUAAGGAAUAAAAUUUUGGUAGCAUACUUGAUAGAACAUUGUAAUCAAUGGAACGAGGGAAUGCAAAAAUCAAACGAAAUAUUCAAGAAUAAAGAAAUUAUGAGAAUGAUAA